AUGCCACGCCAUCUCUCUGAAAUCCUAAAAGUCUACCCAGAAGACGAGCCCUGGUGUGCUGGCUUUGCCCCCUCGCAAGGCCGUCGCUGCCACAACCCCACAAACGCCAGAAACCGCCGACAUGCCAGUUCCCUCCUCGAACAAGGAACCCGCUUGCUCAGGGCCGGCCAAUCUAUCGAGCAUAUACUUGAGGACUUGGCUCCUCUCGUCCUCUGCACAAGAAAUCACCAGAACCAAGCUGUCGGCUUAACUAAUACUUGGGUCUCACGAGUCGAUACAUAUGUCGCGAAACAUCGGUCUACUCCUAGGAGCUUGCCGAGUAAAUCGACUCCUCGGCGGUCGCCAUCACCAACGAUGCGUAAUGAAACAAGUAUGGAGGAUCGACUUGCGGAACUCGAAAGGAAGAUGCAGGAUGCAAUUCGUAAGGCAGAGAGAGCACAGCGGGAGAAAGAACGGGCGGAGAGAGACGCUGAGCGGACUAGACGGGAUACCGAAAAUAUGGUCAGAAGAAGUGCGGCUAUGGGAUAUGCCAGAGGACAGGAAGAAGCAAGAAGAAGAAGAAGCUCUCCUCCCCCUACUGUUGAGAUUGAGACGACUACGGUUGAGCACAACGAGGAAUACGGAGUGCAGAGAAACUCGAUGUCGAGUGGCUUGCUGUCUUCACAGAGGCAGGACCCUCGUGGAGGGAGUGUCGAGACGACCUUGCAGGUCAACACUUCUACCAGCACGAACUUGCAACUCCGCAGAAGCACUAUCGUUAGCACGACCAGGGUACAGAGGACAAGCGAUGCCCCAGCUACUCCCGCUCAAGCUGAACGACAUGCUGCCACCCCCGAGCUCUGA